UCCCGGAAGGUUCGGAAGCAAACGCAACGGAACCGGCAGCGAGAGGGAGGCUCCUCACAGCCGCGGCCUGGGCCCGGGACUGGGCCCAAGCGGGCCGGGGAAGGAAAUGGCAGCCGGGGCCUGGACCGCCUGUUAAGCUGUUGCGGGGAGCGCGCUCCGUGGGGACUAGCGGCGGUUAGGGCAUGGCCGGAAUUGGGGCCCCAGCUCCGGGGGACUCUCUCCUGGGUCCGGAGGCCGAUCGGGGCGCCGGGGCCUCGGCACAGCCGCCUCUGGCGCCGCCGCCCCCGCCUCCGCCCCCUCCGCCGCCGCCGCUCUCGCCUCAGGGGCCGGCCGCGCCGGUAGCCCUGCAGCGGGAGCCGCUGUACAACUGGCAGGCCACCAAGGCGUCGCUCAAGGAGCGCUUCGCCUUCCUCUUCAACACGGAGCUCCUGAGCGACGUGCGCUUCGUGUUGGGCAAGGGCCGCGGGGGCGCCGGGGCCGCGGCCGCCGGGGGCCCCCAGCGCAUCCCCGCCCAUCGCUUCGUGCUGGCUGCCGGCAGCGCGGUCUUCGACGCUAUGUUCAACGGCGGCAUGGCCACCACCUCGGCCGAAAUUGAGCUGCCGGACGUGGAGCCCGCCGCCUUCUUGGCGCUGCUGAGAUUUCUUUAUUCAGAUGAAGUUCAGAUUGGUCCAGAAACAGUCAUGACAACUCUUUAUACUGCUAAGAAAUAUGCAGUUCCAGCUUUAGAAGCACAUUGUGUAGAUUUUCUCACCAAACAUCUUAGGGCAGAUAAUGCCUUUAUGCUUCUCACUCAGGCUCGAUUAUUUGAUGAACCUCAGCUUGCUAGUCUUUGUCUAGACACUAUAGACAAAAGUACAAUGGAUGCAAUCAGUGCAGAAGGUUUUACUGAUAUUGACAUAGACACAUUAUGUGCUGUUCUGGAAAGAGAUACACUCAGUAUUCGAGAAAGUCGACUCUUUGGAGCAGUUGUUCGAUGGGCAGAAGCUGAAUGUCAGAGGCAACAGCUGCCAGUGACUUUUGCAAACAAACAGAAGGUGCUGGGAAAAGCGCUUUCAUUAAUCCGUUUUCCACUGAUGACUAUUGAGGAGUUUGCUGCAGGUCCUGCUCAAUCCGGAAUUUUAUCAGACAGAGAAGUGGUAAAUCUCUUCCUUCAUUUUACAGUCAAUCCUAAACCCCGAGUUGAAUACAUUGAUCGACCAAGGUGCUGCCUCAGGGGAAAAGAAUGCAGCAUCAAUAGAUUCCAACAAGUAGAGAGUCGUUGGGGUUACAGUGGAACAAGCGAUCGAAUUAGGUUCACAGUUAAUAGAAGAAUCUCCAUAGUAGGAUUUGGAUUAUAUGGUUCUAUUCAUGGGCCCACAGAUUAUCAAGUGAAUAUACAGAUAAUUGAAUAUGAAAAAAAACAAACUCUGGGACAAAAUGAUACUGGAUUUAGUUGUGAUGGAACAGCUAAUACUUUCCGGGUCAUGUUCAAAGAACCUAUAGAAAUAUUACCCAAUGUCUGCUAUACAGCGUGUGCAACACUCAAAGGUCCAGAUUCUCACUAUGGCACAAAAGGAUUGAAGAAAGUAGUACAUGAAACACCUGCUGCAAGCAAAACAACGUUUUCAUUUUUUAGUUCUCCUGGCAAUAAUAAUGGUACAUCAAUAGAAGAUGGACAAAUACCAGAAAUAAUAUUUUAUACAUAAUUCAGCAAAUAAACAGACUAACCUGAAAGGCAUAACUAACUAGCUGCUAAUGUUAGUAGUGUGUUAUGAAUGUUCAUAAUUUUAUUAUAUAAGAAACAUUUUAGUUUCUUAGGAAAGAUAGAAAAAUGUCCAUAUUGGCUUUGCAUGAUUAUCAUCAGACUAUGAAGAACUUAAUGGAAAGUGUUUCAUGUUCAUAUAACUAGGAGAAAAAAGUACAGGACUUUAAUUGUAAAAAAUACAUAUUUAAGCAGCUUCUUGUGCUUUCACUUGUAUGAUUUCAUAAAUCAGCUUGUUGGCUGAUAAUCUUUCAGUAGUUUUUAAAUGGAAAGUUCCUUACUUGUUAAGGACAGUAGAUGUUUUGGGGUUUUUUACUGUUUUGCCAAUUGGAUGGGUAAAUUGAUCCAUGUGAGCUUGGUCAGUAUUCUUGCUAAACCUUUUAUUAAUUCAAAUAACUGUUUUCAGGAAAUAUGAAAACUGGAUUUGUAUCUUUGGUUUUGGAAUCUUGGGGAACCACGAACAUAUUUGGAAUUGCAUUAAAAAUGCUUUUAAAUGUUGAAAAGUAUUUAUCUGCUUACCUGAGGAAAUCUGGAAUCCAUUUAAAGAAUUGGUUAUUUUGUAGUAGUAUAGUAAUGUAGUUACAUAGUAGAACUUAUAAACUAUAAAUUGGAGUUUUAUAUAAAUAAACCUACAAUAAUGUAAAAUGUAAAAAAGCAAAAGUUAUCUAAGACUGUACACUGCAUCACUGCGUGUAAUUUUUUGGGGGGUAGGGGCGGAGAGUUUGGAAUGAAUGAUACUUUGUGUUUCAGAGAAUGAGAUAAUUAUAAUGGUACAUUACACAGAAAUCUACUAAACAUUUUAUUGCUAGUGCUACACAAUCAUGGAUUCAGCUAUUCCAGUAUAUUUGAAAUAGAGCAGGUAAAACUAUAUUGAUUUUUAAGUAAAUGAUUUGUUAUAAAAACAUUUUAUUCUUGAGAAGGGAAUUUUGAAGAAUACAUUAUGGAAGAAUCAUUAAGUAGAAUGUUUGAAUAAAAAGUUUUCAUCUGAACUAGAACUUUAGUAUAAAAGCCUUUUUAAAAUAGAGUCAAGGAAGUAUGGUGGUAACCCCUAUUUUUCAAAAUGAUUGGGAAAGGGGAAAGAAGAGUUAGAUUGUUGUUUUUUGAUACCAGUGACUGCAGAACAGUAAAAAUUCUGUUGCCUCUAAUAGUAAAGAAAAUGAAUUCUGCUUAACUCAAGGUUAAACUCAAGGUUGCCUAAAAUACUUCUUAUAUUAUGGUUCUUCUAUGUUGGUAAGUACAAUAUCCCAAAAGUAUUAAAUCUAUUUCUUGAUUAACCUUUUUUCAAAGUCUCAGGAUUAUUGUGAUGAACAUUAAUUAUAAUUUUAGGUUAGAUGUAUGUAGAAAGAUAAAGGAAGCUGGACUCUGAAUGUAUUGUCCUAAAGUUCAGUCCUAGAAGUAGAUUUUUGAAAUUUAUUUAUACUAUAAAUUUUAGGGGUGGCUCUGACUUUGAAAUAGAUUGCUGGUUGAGGGUCUUUACUAAUAAUGGUUUUUCUGGUUUAUGCAUAUAGUAUGAUAAUAAAAAUACAUUAUUACAAAUGCAUUGAUAUAAUUCCUGAGAAAUAUGACUUCUACUACUGCCA